CACACGCACAUACAUAUCACCCGCGAAGCGAAAAGCCAGCUUCCUAAAGCCUCUAGUCUUCAUUCAUGGCGAUUGCCGAUUCGGAGAUCGAGAUAAUCUCCGACGCCAACUCGAAGCAUCACCGAAACGGAAACCUAACUUCUUCGAAUCCCGCAGAACCCAUCAUCGCUGAUGUCUACUCUGCAUCUGCUUACGGCGAUCUUCAGAAGCUACGAGGCUUCGUCGAGAGGGACGGUCACUCUCUUUCCAAGCCCGAUGGCAACGGAUACUAUGCCUUGCAGUGGGCCGCGCUCAACGACUACGCCGAUAUUGCGCAGUAUAUAAUUGAGCAUGGCGGCGAUGUCAACGCGGCGGAUAACACAAAGCAGACAGCUCUGCACUGGGCGGCGGUUCGGGGUUCCAUAGCGGUUUCGGAUGUGUUGUUUCAGAGUGGAGUUUGGAUAGAGGCUGCGGAUGUAAAUGGUUACCGGGCAGUUCAUGUUGCAGCUCAAUAUGGCCAAACAGCUUUUCUAAAUCACAUUGUUGCAAAACAUGGUGCUGACUUUGAUGCUCCUGACAAUGAUGGGAGGAGCCCUCUUCAUUGGGCUGCUUACAAGGGAUUUGCUGAUACAGUUAGGUUACUUUUGUUUUGGAAUGCUAGCCAAGGAAGGCAAGAUAAUCAAGGCUGUACGCCUUUACACUGGGCUGCGAUUAGUGGUAGUGCAGAGGUAUGCAAUGUGCUCAUACAGGCGGGUACUAAACAAGAACUGACCGUGAAGGAUAAAUCAGGAUUCACUCCAGUUCAGCUUGCCUCAGAUAGGGGUCAAAAGCAUGCUGCCCUUAUUCUUUCUAAUGCAACCAGGGUGAGUGGUAUUUUCUGUGGAGACAAAUUUUGCAAGGGAAAGCUGGCAAAGAUCGGCAAUGCUCCAAUUUUAUGGGCUUUUCUUAUUUUUCAAGUAGUUCUUUUCAUCAACUCUGUACUUAAUGUGCCUAAUUUCGAAAAGAUUACGGCUGUUGUUGCACUUUGGGGAUGGACUGGUGUUUCUGUUGCAAUCGCUUCCUUUUAUAUGUUCUAUAGAUGUAGCAGCAAGGAUCCAGGCUAUAUCAAACCAAGAUUAGAAAUUUCCUCUAGCAAUGAAGGUGCUGAUGACGCUCUAUUGGGAAUUGAUCCCAAUAAUUCACCUAUAUGGACAGGAAACUGGUCUCAGCUUUGUCCUACCUGCAAGAUAAUCAGGCCUCUGCGAUCCAAACACUGCCCAUCAUGUAAGCAUUGUGUGGAUCAGUUUGAUCAUCAUUGUCCAUGGAUAUCCAACUGCGUUGGGAAGAAAAAUAAAUGGGACUUCUUUGUUUUUCUUUGCUUGGGAUGCCUAACUUCUCUUCUUGGCGGUAUCACUGCAGUUUACAGGAUGUGGACGGGAUCACCGGUCAAACCAUCUUCUGGAAGGUGGAUGCAUUAUAUGGCGACGGAACAUCCUGGAGCAGUCGCUUUCCUCGUGUUGGAUACGAUCUUACUAGCAGGUGCAUCAGCUUUAACAAUAUCAAUGGCAUCACAGAUAGCGCGAAACAUAACUACUAAUGAAAUGGCUAAUGCUGGUCGAUACUCUUAUCUUCGUGGCCCCGACGGGCGUUUCCGUAAUCCAUAUAAUCUCGGCUGUAGAAGGAACUGCACCGAUUUCCUCGUCAACGGAUACACUAACGAUGAUGAAAUCGCUUGGCCCUCACUUCAGCCCCCUUCCAGGUAAAACUCAUUCUUCUGUUCAAUAUCGUCUGAAACAUAUUAUGUUAAAAUAAAUUUCCUGAUUAUUUCCUCCAUCAUAAUUUUGCUAUGCUUUUUAAUUCUACUUAUUUAAGCGAAUUUCUUGAAAAUAAAAUGAAUAAUUUGUAGUUAAAAAGCUGUUUUAAAUGAAGCUUCUUGCUGUUCAUGUAUAUUGGAGGGAGAACCUUUCGCUUUAACUUUCGGGAAAGCUUUUAUUU